AUAUAUAAACGUAUAUUUAUAACAUUUUGUUACAUAAUGAAUACCAUGAAAUAAAAUUAUAAUAUAAAUAUUAUAAAUCCUUCAAUGAUACGCUUGUAAUAUUAGCUCAAGUUGAAUUUGUUUUUUUGAGUAAGUUCUCUUAAUUUUUCAAUUAGAUGCAUAUAGGGUGCGCUUUCCAAACGUGCGCACAAUGUUUCAAAGGUUUCUAAACCGAACAUAACAUGAGUCGAUAAUGCAGCGCCAUAGCAGAAGGUGCUUUCGGAUGUGACAUAACCUGGUUACAUGAAGACUGUAUUGAGACCAAUCAAGGUUAUCCUACCAUUGUGAAGAGCAGAUGCAAACAUGACAGUGGUACUAGGAGGCGGUAUAUCAGGCUUAUCAGCUGCAUAUUACGCUAUCAAUGAAACGAGACUAGCGUCUGUUGCCUUGCUCGAGGCGUCUGAUCGCGUAGGUGGAUGGAUUCGCAGUAGAAAUUCUCCAAGUGGAGCGCUCUUCGAGCAAGGACCAAGAUUGGUAAGGCCACAAGGGCCAGCUGGGCUGAACACGCUUAACAUGAUAGAGGACCUCCAACUAACUAAUAAGCUGAUUUCUAUCGGACGUAGUCAUCCCAUGGCCCGUAACAGAUUGAUAUACUCGCAGCAAGCUUUGCACGUGUUGCCAACGUCCCUAAAGGGUCUCUUCAAGACGAUCUCGUUACUAGAUCGUCCCCUGAUAAACAUCCUGUGGACUGACCUGAGAGCAUCGAAGGUAUCUAAGGAGGACGAGAGCAUUUACAGCUUUGUGCAAAGAAGAUUCGGCCAAGAUAUCGCGGAUCACAUUAUCAGCCCGAUAGUCUGUGGAGUCUAUGCAGGGGACGCGCGCCAGAUCAGCGUCAACUUCAUGUUCAAGUCCUUGUUCGAGAUGGAGCAGAAGCAUGGGUCUGUAGUAAAGGGCUUGUUGAUAAAUCAGUUGGAGAAAUUGUUUUCGAGGACAAAGAGCAGAGAGACGAAAGAGGAUGCCGACGAGUCUGUGGAAGAUUCAUCUGCGACGAGUCUGGCGCGAAAAGCUCGGCUCGAGAACUGGGCGAUCUGGAGCCUGCAAGGAGGACUCGAGCAACUGCCCUUGGCAUUAGUCAACAACCUUGAGAAACGGGGAGUCAGGAUAGAGACAGGCACUAAGUGCGAACGGCUGACGUUCAAGGCGGAUCGCGUGGAGCUAUCGGUGAACGGCAACGCGCGCGAGUGCUCGCGCGUCAUCUCCAGUUUGCCCGCCAAAAAACUAGCUGAACUACUGCAGGAGCAAUAUCCCGAGUUAUCGGCAGAACUCAGAGCGAUACCUUCGGUAACAGUGGCGGUGGCUAAUCUCGAAUACCGCGGAGAUGUAUUGCCACUAGAGGCAUUCGGCUUUUUGAUUCCCCCUCAGGAAAAUUUACCUCUGCUGGGUGUGAUCUUCGACUCCUGCAUGGUUCCCAAGAAGUCCAACACCUCCACGGUAUUAACGGUAAUGAUGGGCGGCGCGUGGUUCGAGAAACACUUUGGGCCAAGUCCGACGGAGGAGCAGCUAUUAAAAACGGCGAUCGACGGAGUGAGGGAUAUCUUAUGCAUCACGGAGGAACCUGUAGCGCAUCACAUUGCUGUCUUGAAGGAUUGCAUUCCGCAGCACGUGGUGGGUCACGCACAACGUAAGAAGCGUAUCCACGAUUAUAUUUCCGCGCACAGGAUUCCCUUGGCAGUGUGCGGCUCCUCUUACCAAGGUGUGGGAGUCAAUGACGUUAUUCUAUCAGCAAAACAGGCCGUUCGUGACGUUGUUAAAAGUCGAAUCACUCGAUAAAUUUUAAUGAAAUUGAUAUUAUAUAUAAUAAUGUACAGACAGAUAAUAAAAUCACAUGCACACUUCUGAUCUACAUGCUGAUUCGCGACAUGAUCAAACCAUGCAAAAAAAUAUUGUAUGAGUAUGCAAAGUAAUAACGAUGCAUAACGGAGUUGACGCAUAAAGAGCGUAUAACGAAUAUUCGCUGGAUGGAUCAUCGUAAUUGCUCAUGUCUAUAAUUUAAAUGAUAGUGACAUAAUAACUAAACCAUUUCAUUGAGCGAACAACAUGUAAAAAAUAACAUACAAAAAUUGAAAGCGACGAGACGUAUCUUGUUACACAGUUUUGUAUUUGUAUUACAGAUCCAAUAUAUAUGUAUGUAUAUAUAGUUUACGCUAUAGGACGAAU